AUGCAUCCCAUUUUUGAAAUGGUUUCUGCAUACAUCGAGUCUGACGAAUUCCUACCGAAUCGAAAAUCCGAAGCCAGAGAUCGCGAUGCAAGGGGUGAUGCCCAUCGCGAUAUCUGCAGAUCGUUUAGAUCCAGGCGCGGGAAUAUCCAGGAUACACGACCUUCCGUCUCCCUUGGGUGGGUGAUACUCUACACUUCUCUACUGCUGUGGUCGAUCAAACCGAUCCUGACCGGCUCGCACCGCUGGGAACUCGUGGGGAACUGGUUAUCGAAAGACCAAUCACUGGGCGAGGAUAUAUAUGUGACCUGGCCAGACCUCACUGUUAGCAGCUUCAGCAAAAAAGCACUCAUUUGGAAACAUCCUUUUGGUCCGUCAAGUCAUGGCUAUUACUGGACUGGAGAACUUGCCAGCUGGCAGGCAGAUGGAUCGCUGGGAUUGUCGGUCGCAAGGAUUAUCAGGUCAAGCUGCAUUGUCAGCGCGUUGAGCCGAGUGAAAUUGAGCGGACUUCCCGAAGGGUACCCCCGCCGGCUAUGA